AUGACAGACGCAACAUCAGCCAGUCCGCCACCACCACCGCUCUCGUCCAACGCCCACGAAGACAAAUCCUCCACGGUGAUUGGGGCUAUCAUCUUCUGCCUGGUAUGGUCAACUGUAAUGGUAGGCAUGCGCCUGUGGACGCGGGGCAAGAUGAUCAAGCAGCUUGGGAUCGAUGACUACGCCUGCAUCCUAGGCUUGCUCACGACAUGUGGCUCAGCCAUCGCCAUCGGCCACAUGACAACCUUUGGCCUGGGAAGGCACAUCUCGGUCAUGAAACAAAACGAUAUUCCCCUGUACCUUCGAGACUUUUACGUUUCCAUCGUCAUGUACUGCUGCGCCCUCCUCUUCCUCAAGCUCACGUUUCUCUUCCAAUACUACCGCGUUCUGGCCGUCCAGCAUAUGCGCAUCGUUUAUCUCGUCGCCAUUUUCAUCGUCGGGGGCUGGGCCCUCUCCCAAGUCCUGGUGGGCAUCUUCAUCUGCACUCCCAUCCGCGCGUUUUGGCUCGGGGUGCCCCGAUAUCGAAGGUGCCACGUGUAUUCCAAACAUACCUCAAUGAUACAUCAAUGCCGCGGGCAAUAUCGUGACGGAUGUGGCUGUCUUUGCGCUGCCUUUGCCGGCUUUGUGGAAGUUGAAGCUGGCCAAAGCACCGUCAUCAUCUCCAUGAUCCAGAUCAAGUAUCUUCAACUGUACGAAGACUUCCCCUGGGAAACCGUCACGUCCUCCCUCUGGUCCGUUGGCGAGCUGACCUCGGCUAUCACUUGCGCCUGCCUGCCUACCCUCCGCCCCUUCUUGGCGACCUACUUCCCCAGAUUGGCAUCGGCCAUUGGUGGUAGCAGGGCUCAUCCCACGGGCGCUAUGAGUGCCGGCGCUGCUGUUGAUGGAACCGGCCGCAUCCGAACAGUGGAUCCCGAAACGGGCGUUUACUACGUCGGCAGAGGACAGCACUCGCGCGCCCGCAGUGGCGCGAAAAAAGGUGCGGCGGUAACGGUCGAGUACUCUGACGGGACCGGUAGUGAGGUUGAGCUGUCGCCACAGCAGACGAAGGUCAACCCAUUCGAGGCACAUGUGAUCCACAAGUCGGAAAGUCUAGAUGGGGUCAGUAUUUUCAAUAGGGACAUUCGAUGA